AAAAUGAGCUCCAUCGCAACUCUGUCUGAUUAUCUGAAAUCGUGUUCGACUAGGGGCGCCUCAAAGCUUCCAUAAUCAACUAAACCAUGUGAAAAUGAUCGUCGGUGAUGAAAUUGGUGAUGAUCGUCAGCAGAAACAAUCAACGACGGAUAGAAACAUUUUAGAAAAUGAUCGAUUAAAGAGUGAGAGUUCCGGUGGAUUUCAAAUGGCUAAUCGAUUUAUUGAUAUAGAAACAAACAGUUGUGCUGAAACCUCCCUGACAAAUGUACAGACAAGAAGUCCAGAAAUGGCUCCUCGUCUUGUCUACAGAAAUAAAAAAUAUGGCAGAAAAUCUUGUCCUCCAACCCUACAGGAGAAAUAUUCUUCACAACAUAACCAACAGUUCUUUACUGUCAACUAUUCAAGGGUAAAUUAA